CUGUUCACAGCGAGUGGUGGGAGGAGAAGAAGAAGAAAAAGAAGCACAAGUACUCGCGCCCCAAAUUACUUUACUUUACCUCAUUUUUGUAUGUUUGAGUUUUUUUUCUUAACUUAUCAGAACUCUUUUCUUUUUUUUGUGUUCAAAACCCCGGUUUCCAGCGAAUCUCGACAUGAAAUCUAUCAUUUUAACGAUCGCAUUUUGCUUGCCAAUUUUAGCCCUGGCUGAAAUUUGUCCCAUGGAAAAUCAUCAAGUCUGUAACCAAGGAAACCUCGCCUGUGUUUGUAGUGUGGCGCAAGCUGAUGUAAGAGACCACCUAGUUAUUUUUUAAAGGAAAAUCUAGACCACCCAGGCAAAUCCGAUUGUUUUCCAGGAGAAUCCAGUGCCCCUUAUUUCAUGCAAUUCUUUCAUUCAACGCGAAGAGGAGACUCUGAAUUUCCCGGCGGUUUCGAUCGAUUUCAAAUUGGACAAAUCGACAGAGGGUUUGGAAGAGUGGCCAGAGGCGGCUUUCCGCGAGAAACUUUCGAGUUCGCUUCGAGUUGAUGAGGAGAAUAUUUUGAUUUUGAGAGCUAGUUGUUUGGGAACUGAUGAUGAGUUGACUGUUCAGUUUGGAGUUUUGAAGAAGGUAAGAGGCUAGAGAGCCUAGAGAACCUAUAAAUAAUCCAAGAAGCUUCUGGAAGCCUAUGGACCACCCAAUAAGCUUUUAUAAGUUCAGAGACCACCCAAUAAGCUUCUGAAAACCUUUGGAACCACCUAAGAAGCCUAGCGAUCACCCAAGAAGCUUUUGAAACUUCAGAGACCACCCAAGAAGCUCUAGAAAGCCUAAUAACCUUUAAAGAAGCAUAGGGACCACCCAAAAAGCUCCAAGAAACCAAGCGACCUCAAUUUUCAAUUUUCCAGGAAGCCAACCUCACAGAUUACCCAUUCCAAGUCGAAGAUUUCGUAUCCGCCGGAACUCUAGCCACCCGAAUGAAAUCAAUGGGACAUCUCACUGAAAUCGCCAAUCUUAGAGUCACAACAAUCGAAUACGUAAGUAACAAUUUUUUUUCUCCAGAAAAAAACCAGUCCCCCAAUUUUUAUUUUUUAGAGGUGAGGUAAGAAGAGAAUGAAAAAAAAACAGAAAAACAAAACUAAAAAAAAUGUUCCAGUCACAUGAUAUCUUUAAAGAAAGACAGAUAGAUGUAAAGUAUUUUUUCGAAAAAAAAUAAAACAUAAGUUUUUGAAGCCAGGAAGCAGGCGGGAAAAGUAGGUUUUUUCGAAAAAAAAUUUUUCAAAAACGAUUUUUCAAAUUCAAAAAAGAUUCCAAAAUUUCAUUUUCAGGUCGAUGAACUUGUCGACAUCGAAUUCGAGCCAAGCAACAUAGAACUUAUCGUCAAAGCCGUAGGACUUGGAAUCAUCUUCGGUGUCUUUUUCGUGAUGGGAGUUCUUAAAGUUUUUAACCGAAGUGAUGAAUAUACCGAUGAUCUUCAAAAAGCCUAA